UAACUGUUUGGCCAGGUCAGCAGCUAAAAAAAUUGCAUGUGCAUUUUUCCGGGCCAAAAAGUUAAAAAUGCAGAAAUUUGUGCAGCUUUGUUUGGUGCUCGCACUGACCUUACUUAUAGGCAGCCAUUGCGUGGAUGCUGAUAAGAAACAGAGCAAGAAGUACAGCCGGGAGGCCAAUGACCCGCAUUUCCAGCAAGUCGCGGACGAGAAGUACGACCCGGACUUUAAGAAAAUACAGCGCCCAUUCCGCAUGGCCAAAUUGAAUCUUGUGUGGUCGAAAGCUCAGAAUCGUUUAACGGAGCCUAAGCUAAAGUCGUUGUAUAUGGAGCUGAAGAUCCACGACAAAGAGGAGAUCGCUUGGAAGCAGCUCAACUCCCAGCACAAGGACAAGGAUGGUUUGAAGGAAAACGAACUGCGCCGAAAGCUGAUUGGCAUAAUGAGCAGCUACGACCUGUUGGAGCACUUUGACGAGACUGAAGAUGCGGAGAAAAUCAAGCCCUUCAAAAAAUUCCACGACCCCGAGGAACGGCAUAAAAAUAAAAGUCUUUUUAAAGAUAAGAAACUUAAUAGGCUGUGGGAGAAAGCCGAAGUUUCCGGUUUCACGUCUGAGGAAUUAAAGUCCCUUAAGCAAGAGUUUGAGCAUCAUCAGGAUAAGGUAGAUGUUUACUACAGCUUGCUGGAAAACAUUGGCUCUGUGGACUCCGAUAAACACGAGAAUGCCAUUAACACUGAAGACCUUGACACAUACAAUCUGAUUUCGAAUAAUGAUGCCAACGAAAACGAGAUAAAGACCCAUGAUCAGAAUGUAAAGAAAUUUGAGAACGAUCUGAAUACUCUACGUGGCCAUCAUGUUGGAAUCAAGGAUCACUACGACAGGUUGGAGCGGCUGGUGUCGUCUGGACCGCACAGCCAAGACUUUAUUGAGCCCAAGGUUCAGGGCUUGUGGCGCGUUGCUCAGGCAAGCAAUUUCACGGUCAAGGAACUGGCUUCCAUCAAAACCGAACUGAAUCAUUUCGAGAGUCGCUUGCUGAAGUUGCGACACCUGCACGCAGAGCAUGCGCUUCACAAGGAGAAGUACAAGGAUGAGAAGCACAAGGAUAAGAGCAACCGCUUCGAAGAUAUGGAGGACCAGCUGAAAAAACAAGCUCGCAAAGUAGAAAAACUGCAGGAGAACAUUGAAAAGACAAUUUUCAAGCAUGCAGAGCUAUGAUCCGAAAUGAUCAUUAAACGUGCCAAGCGAAUAAAUUAGAAUUAAGCCCAACCUGAGGUCAAGCACAAUUGUUAAGUAUAGUUUUGAGACCAAAUAUUUUGUAUGAAAUAAAAACUAAUGAACAUAUGUA